UCGAGCUCGGGGUCCGCGGCGGCCUCCGGCGCCGUACUGCAGGUCGCGGCCGGCAUGUACGAACAGCUCAAGGGUGAAUGGAACCGUAAAAGCCCCAACCUGAGCAAGUGCGGGGAAGAGCUAGGCCGCCUUAAGCUGGUUUUGCUGGAGCUCAACUUCCUGCCAACCACAGGGACCAAGCUGACUAAACAGCAGCUCAUUCUGGCCCGUGAUAUAUUGGAGAUCGGGGCCCAGUGGAGCAUCCUUCGCAAGGACAUCCCCUCCUUCGAGCGCUACAUGGCCCAGCUCAAAUGCUACUACUUCGACUACAAGGAGCAGCUCCCUGAGUCAGCCUACAUGCACCAGCUCUUGGGCCUCAACCUCCUCUUCCUGCUGUCCCAGAACCGGGUAGCUGAGUUUCACACAGAGUUGGAACGGCUACCUGCCAAGGACAUCCAAACCAAUGUCUACAUCAAGCACCCUGUGUCUCUAGAACAGUACCUCAUGGAGGGCAGCUACAACAAGGUGUUCCUGGCCAAGGGCAACAUCCCCGCCGAGAGCUACACCUUCUUCAUCGACAUCCUGCUUGACACUAUCCGGGAUGAAAUUGCUGGGUGCAUUGAGAAGGCCUACGAGAAAAUUCUCUUCACUGAAGCCACUCGAAUCCUCUUCUUCAACACACCUAAAAAGAUGACAGACUACGCCAAGAAGCGAGGUUGGGUUCUGGGCCCCAGCAACUACUACAGCUUUGCCAGCCAACAGCAGAAGCCAGAAGACACCACCAUCCCCUCCACGGAGCUGGCCAAGCAGGUCAUCGAGUACGCCCGGCAGUUGGAGAUGAUCGUCUGAACACAGUGGGCACCAGGGUGGGGUGGGGCAUGGCGUACACUAUUUAAAGUAGCCAUGUGCAGGGUUUCCUCCAAUAAAGGUAUAUUGCCAGUCUCUCU